UAGACAACUAGGUGGCUUUUAUUUUGACACCACUGUAGUAGCAGGUUGCCGCACAGACCUCUGCCUUUUUCUUUUUUACCUGCUGGACUUGGACCUUUUUUAAAAGAGAAAGGAUGGCUGAACCACCCCAGUCAUGCGACUGUUUUGUCUCUCUGCCACCUGGUUCGAAAUACGAUCAUGUGAUAUUUGGUAAGAAUUCAGAUCGACCAAGGGAUGAGGUGCAGGAAGUGGUUUACUAUCCUGCUGCCUCCUAUGACCCCAGGGCCACGGUGGAGUGCACAUACAUCUCAAUCCCACAAGUAGAGCGCACACAUGCGGUGGUGCUGAGCAGACCUGCCUGGCUGUGGGGAGCUGAGAUGGGAGCCAACGAACACGGUGUGUGUGUCGGGAAUGAGGCUGUGUGGACCCGUGAACCUGUAAAUCCGGAAGAAGCGCUGCUCGGCAUGGACCUGGUUCGUUUGUCUCUGGAGCGUGGUGAUAGUGCAUGGACUGCUCUGCGUGUCAUCACGGAGCUUCUGGAACAGCAUGGUCAGGGUGGAGCAUGCAGAGAGGAUCCUGAACACUUCAGCUACCAAAAUACCUUCCUGCUGGCUGACCGCCAGGAAGCUUGGGUCCUCGAGACUGCUGGGAAACUCUGGGCUGCUCAGAAAAUCACAGAGGGAGUGAAGAACAUCUCCAACCAGCUGACGAUCGGCACGGAGAUCUCUGCGGAGCAUCCGGAGCUCCGUAGUAGCGCUCAGUCUCAAGGCUGGUGGAACGGACAGGAUGCCUUUAGCUUCACGGCGGCGUUUAGCCCAGACAACCCCCCUGCGAGAAUGGAACUGGCCAAGCAGCGUUAUAAAGGUGGCACGGCGCUGCUUCAGGAACAUGACGGCUCUGUAACGGCGGCGGUGAUGAUGAGCAUCUUGAGGGACAAGCCCAGCGGCAUCUGCAUGGAUUCAGCAGGUUUCCGCACCACAGGCAGCAUGGUUUCCAUCCUCCCACGAGAUCCCAGCAUGCCCUGCGUUCACUUCUUCACCGCCACCCCAGAUCCCUCCAGGUCUGUUUUCAAGCCAUUCAUCUUCUCAGAGAGCGUGCACCCCGUUACUAUGGUGAUGUCACCACAGUAUGGCUCGGACGAUCCGGUGAAGACUCGGCCUCGAUUCCAGCGUCAGGUGGACAGGAAGCAUGAGCUUUACCAAGCUCACCAGGAUGCUAUGGAGGCAAAUCCGGAUGACGGAGCAUCUCUACAGGAGACAAUGCGCUUCUUAGAGUCGCAGUGCCUCCAGGAGAUUGAAGCCAUGCUUAGGGGGGAGGUGGAGGGCCAGGAACUCGGCGAUCUGUUCUUCGACUGCGUGGACACGGAGAUAAAGUUCUACCAGUGAGAGAGAGCAGUUGUCUUGUGAACGUCGUUAAUGCUUGCUGAUCUGCUCCGGAGAGGGACGGGCCUGUCUGCUCCCAUACACCUCUCUUAGUUCCCCUGAUGCAGUGCAACAUAUCGUGAUGUCCAUUAACAUGCCACACUAAAUGUAACUGUAUAAAACAGGUACUAGAUGUUCAUGCUCCAUAAUCGUGUGUAAUUGUCGCACCAGGCGGUGUGUGUGUGUGUAUACGCACCACAUUAACGAGCAAGUGAUAGAUUGCUACUAGUGUGUGUGUGUGUGUGUGUGUGUGUAGAGAAUAGAGUAUGUGAGAAAAGAAUAGCAGAGACAUACUCUGAUCAUUCCUGUAUACGUUUACGAGGGUUCGGCUACCUGGCUGGUCCUCAGGAGAAUGUGAAUAAAGGUAACAACUUGACACUGGA